AUGAAGAUGUGUCUUGACUUGGUCGCUGAGUUGCAGGACAGCAUUCGCAAGGACCAACCGAGCCAGUGGUGCAAAGCAAUCUACAAUGGCCCUGAGCACAGUCUCCCGUUCCACUGGGACGCCGAUGCACGACUCUUCGUGCUCCCACACGCGUCUACAUGA